AUGCGGCAGCAUGCCACAACAUCACGAGCUAACGAAACACCGCCAGAACGAGAACUACGCAUAGAAAAUAUGCGGCAUCAUGCCACUACAUCACGAGCUAACGAAACGCCAUCAGAAAGGGAAGGGCGCCUUCAAGGUCUGCGUCACCAUGCCACAACAUUGAGAGCAAAUGAAACAUCAGAACAACGAGAAGCACGCAUGGAAGCCCAGCGUAUUCAAACAUCAUCAAGAAGAGCAGCAGAGAGGUCAGAGCAACAAGACUUGCGUCGUGAACAAAAUCGCAAUCGAAUGGCGGUUAAUCGUCGGAAUACUUCUGAUGCUUAUGCACGUAUUGCAUUUAAUUACAGAACAGAUAUGAACUAUGCUAAUGAUAUAUUAGUGGCAAUUGGUCCCAUGAAUGUAGUUUGCCAAUAUUGUAAUGCACACAGGUACAAAAAUGAAGCUCAUGGAAUGUGUUGUUCAAACGGUAAAAUUGUUUUGCCAGAUAUGCUUCCACCACCAGAACCUUUAAAGUCACUGAUUUCAGGAACUAGCGAGGAUUCUCGAAAUUUUCUUAGUAACAUAAGAAAAUAUAAUUCGUGUUUUCAAAUGACAUCAUUCGGAGCUACUAAAGUAGUUCGAGAUAAUUACAUGCCAACAUUUCGUGUGCAAGGACAAAUAUAUCAUCUAAUGGGAUCAAUUUUGCCAAUUCCAAAUGAAGAGCCCAAGUUUCUUCAAAUUUAUUUCAUGGGACAGGCAGAUGAUAAUGUUCAGGUACAACAACGGCAGCAUUAUAACCCUGGAACAAAGCAACGUAUUGUAGCUGAAUUACAGGUAAUGUUUCAUGAAAACAACGAAUUAAUAAGGACCUUUAAGCAAGCCAAAGAUGACCCGCGAUUAUGUACAGAUGACCACGUCAUAGCGAUUCAUGCUGAUAAAACACCAGCUGGACAACACCAAGGACGUUACAAUGCACCCACAAUGGACGAUGUGGCAAUUCUAAUGGUUGGUGAUCCAAUAGCCCCACGUGAUAUUAUUAUUCGUAGACGUGACGAUCGAACAAACAGGAUAGCUGAAACUCAUCGUUCAUAUGACGCACUUCAGUAUCCAAUUAUAUUGCCAUAUGGGGAAGAUGGAUAUCAUUUUGAGUUACGGCCAAUUAAUCCAGCAACAAAUGUAACAACAAGGAAAAAAGUGAGUGCAAUGGAUUUCUAUGCAUAUCGCAUAAUGAUACGCCAAAAUGUGAAUCACGUUCUAAAUUGCCGGGAAUUAUUUCACCAAUACAUUGUAGAUAUGUACGCGAAAAUUGAAACGGAGCGAUUAUUAUACAUACGCCGUAAUCAAGCUAAAUUACGAGUGGAUAAUUAUAUUCAUCUUAGGGAUGCGUUAAAUAAUCAAAAUGAUAUAAAUCCCAAUGAACUUGGACAAGCCAUAAUUCUACCAGCAACUUUCACAGGCAGCCCACGUCAUAUGCAGGAAUAUUGUCAAGAUGCAAUGACGUAUGUUCGAUCAUAUGGACGCCCAGAUCUGUUUAUUACAUUUACAUGUAAUCCCAAGUGGAAUGAAAUUAUUUCUGAAUUGUCCAAUGGCCAAAAAUCAGCACAUCGACAUGACAUAACAGCACGAGUGUUUAAACAAAAAUUAAAAUCUCUUAUGGAUUUCAUUGUAAAAUGUCAUGUAUUUGGAGAAACACGGUGCUGGAUGUAUUCUGUCGAAUGGCAGAAACGUGGAUUGCCACACGCUCAUAUUUUGAUUUGGUUGGUUGAAAAAAUUACACUUAAUCUUAUUGAUAAUAUAAUUUCUGCAGAGAUACCCGAUCCAAACAUUGAUCCAGAUUUGCACGAAAUUGUAAUUAAAAAUAUGAUUCAUGGUCCAUGUGGAAUCAUUAAUACACAUUCUCCAUGCAUGGUUGAUGGAAAAUGCACAAAGAAAUAUCCACGUCAAUUGCUUCCACAAACAAUCUCGGGAAAUGAUGGAUACCCACUUUAUCGCCGACGUUCUGUGGAUGAUGGUGGCCAAACAAUUUCAGUAAAGAUAAAUGAAAAUGAUGUUGAUGUUGAUAAUCGCUGGAUAGUGCCUUACUCUCCAUUGCUUUCAAAAACCUUUAAAGCGCAUAUAAAUGUGGAGUAUUGUCAUUCUGUAAAGUCUAUCAAAUACAUCUGCAAAUAUGUAACUAAAGGGUCGGAUAUGGCUAUUUUUUCGUUGCAAAAUCCAAACGAUGAAAUUACUCAGUAUCAGAUGGCCAGGUACAUUAGUAGCAAUGAAGCAGUUUGGCGAAUUUUAGGAUUUCCUAUUCAUGAACGGCAUCCCACAGUUGUUCAUUUAUCAGUACAUCUUGAAAAUGGACAACGAGUUUAUUUUACAGAAGGAAAUGCGCGAGAGAGAGCAACAGAACCACCGGCUACAACACUAACUUCAUUUUUUGAUCUUUGCAGAAUGGAUUUAUUUGCUAAAACAUUGCUGUAUUCAGAAAUUCCAACGUACUAUACGUGGAAUGCAUCAACAAGGAAGUUCCAACGUCGUAAGCAAGGGAAACCAGUUGCAGGAUGGCCAAAUUUAUAUUCAACAGAUGCAUUAGGACCAACAUCUUUUGAGAACUUGCGUACUGUUGAUGGCGAAAUAUGUGCAACGUAUCGAGAGGCAUGCCAAAAACUACAAUUAUUGGAGAACGAUAGUCAUUGGGAAACCACGCUUGCAGAUGCAGCGGCAAUCAACCAUCCUUCGAAAAUAAGAACGUUAUUUGCAAUAAUAUUGGUGUCUUGCUCACCAGCCAAUCCAAAAGAACUAUGA